GUCGACGCUUCCGCCCAGUUUUCCGAUGUUCAUUGCUCGAGUUGAAAAUGGAGUUCGAUUAAAGCAGAUGUCCAACAACUUCUUCGGGAAAAUGUAACUCACUGUAUUUGCCUUUUGUAUGUCAAUUUCUUAAUAUAAAUUAUGUUGUACAUUUUUCUAGCUGUGGAGGCUAUAAUUCAACGUACACCGACACAUUGACGGACCAACCAGCGCUUUUUAAGUGUUGUCCUGGACCUGAAGUUGGAGAGGGGAAUGCUCGAUAACUAGCCACUAAUAACGUGCCAAAUGUCGGUUUUAUUUUGUACACUUUUUAGCAUCUGAACGCAUUGGAUUUCGUUUUACCGAAGAGGAUGACGAAGAUGUGCAUUUUGUUGAGGUUGGAUUUUACUUCCAAGGAAAAUAAAAUUAAUAAUCGGUUGUCACUCCUCGCAAUUGAGUUACAAAAUUAGCUAGGCUACUUGGUUUUCCUAAAAGAGCUCAGUUAUGCAUGCAGCAUUGUAAGACAAUUAACUUUUAUACAAUAUCUAGUGAUUCUUUGCGAAAGAAAAUGGUGAUAUUUGCGGUUUAUUUCCCCGCCGUCACUGCGUCCUCGAUGCUAUUGCCAGGAUUUGGAUCCCCGUGAGAAAAAAUGAGCGAAGAUUCAACAAAUCCAAACGAUGACUGCAGCAGCACAACACAUAAGAUGGCCAACAUAUGAUGCAAUUGAAGAUCAAGGAAGAUGGUGGGAAAAGAACAUGACAGUUAUGCGCGUGUGAGAGCAGUGGUCAUGACUCGGGAUGACUCCAGUGGUGGGUGGCUGCCUCUGGGAGCUGGGGGCCUCAGCUGCGUCACCGUCUACAAAGUCAGCCGGACACCGGACAGUGACAGCAGCACCACGGCAGACUUCCUCAUCAAGGGGGAGCGGCUCAAAGACAAAUCGGUUGUUCUGGAGUGUAUUCUAAAGAAGGACCUGGUCUACAACAAGGUCAACCCCAUAUUUCACCAUUGGAGGAUCAACGACAAGAAGUUUGGCCUGACCUUCCAGAGUCCUGCAGACGCCAGGGCCUUUGAUAGAGGGAUCCGCAGGGCCAUCGAGGACAUCAACCAAGGCUGUCCUGCGUUUGACGACUCGGACUCUCUUGAAGAUGGAUUACAGCCCCUGUGUGAGGCGCUGCCCUCCAUCUGUACGCCAAUGAAGGAGCCCUUUUCCCCACUGAGUGUCCACAAUGUGGUGUCCACAGAACCCUACCGGGGCUGCUACGUCCGCGCUCAGCCCUUUGACCAGUUUCCCUCCAGCAACCACCACUACCUGCCGCCUCAGGUGUCCUUCAAGUCUACGCGCCAUGUGAGCUUUCACAUGGAUGAGGAGGAGAUUGUAAGGAUCAACCCUCGUAAGGAUGUUCUGAUUCGCGGCUACGAGGACUACCGCCACCCAGUCAUGUGGAAGCAGGAGGCAGAGCGAGAGGACCCUGACUUCCCUGCCCUGUUCCACAAACUGGACAGCAAGAAGUGUGAGUACCUCUUCCCUGAGGGGCCGGGCAUGGAGUCCCACUCAGGCCCUGGAAGUAUGGGCAUGGGCACAGGACUGGGGCUAGGGCUGGGUAAAGACUCCUCCAAGGUGCAGCCCUCACCGCUGCUCAAGUCCAAAAAAGGGCGGCGGAGGCGGGAAGACGGGGAGCGUUCUCGCUGCAUCUACUGCCGGGAAAUGUUCAACCAUGAGGACAACCAGCGGGGCCAGUGCCAGGAUGCUCCUGACCCCAUCAAGCAGUGCAUCUAUAAAGUCAGCUGCAUGCUUUGUGCCGAGAGCAUGCUGUACCACUGCAUGUCUGACUCGGAGGGAGACUUCUCGGACCCGUGCUCGUGUGACACGGCUGACGAGCAGUUCUGCCUGCGCUGGCUGGCCCUGACGGCACUGUCCUUCAUCGCUCCCUGUAUGUGCUGCUACCUGCCUCUGAGAGCAUGCCACCACUGUGGGGAGGCCUGCAGAUGCUGCGGGGGCAAGCACAAGGCCGCUGGGUGACCUGACUGAACUCUGACCCCUCACAUGGGAUGACCUACCCACAACACAGCUAGCUGACACAGGAAAGCGGAAAAAAGCUGGGUAUUCAAAUGCCGGCAACCUUGUUUUUCAUUCACCUCAGAGGGGGUGACAUGUUGUUGUAGACGCCGGGCUCUGGAGGUCUUUUGUGUCCUUCGACGCAGAGAGCAGCGGAAGACUAACCUUGUGCUUUACGGGCUCUGAGCGUGAAGUAGAGUUCAGGAGCUGAACGCGAGGAGAAGGCAUUGAGACUAGCAGACAUGGAAAUAUUAUUAAACACUCGUACAUAAUACACACAACAACCAGGCCACCAUGUCACUCUCCCUACAAGUAAUGUGUAACUUUAUGAAGGAAUAUUGUCUUUUGUACAGAGAGCAGCAACUACACAACAACAACAGCUAAAAAAAUAAAAGAAAACAUUUGUGCAUACAGAAAACAAACUUGAAGUAUGCUAAAAGGGAUAUGUUGUUGUGAACUUGUAGUUGGGUAACAUUGGCAGGUCCUUUAUGACUUGAGCAUUCGCUGACGGUGUAAUUGUUAGAGAAGGUGCACUAGAAAUGUUUAUCCCCCUUCACACAAUUCUAAUGGUACAUUAACCUUAAGACCAUUCUUAUUGAGUCAUUUAACAGUUGCUGUGGUGGAUGUGUACAUGUUUCCUUAUUAUUCCUAUUCAUCAAUUGUUGAACAAAAAAAGAAGGUAACACCUUUUUAUCUUUUGCUGGUACAGUCUGACAUAGCUAGAUGUUAGAAUGAUUUCCUUGUUUUGGUAAGGUGAUGUGGACCACUUAAUUGCAUUCCAACAAAGUGAUCAAUUCCAUGAGCAGGAGCGAAAAUAUGGUAAUGUCUUUUGCAGUCCUCCAUCCCCCGAACUAGUCAAGAAUUAAUGUUAGCACUUCUUGACUCACCUUCCAUGAGACCAAAAUUCCAGGUACUUUAACAGAUUUUCUAUUUUGACUCCAUCACAUCUUCGCUUCAUGGUAAAACUGUUGUUUUUUAUUUAAAGCUGAAGUUUUUCCGGUUAAUGUUGGUGAGUAAGGGGUCUUGAGUGCCCCUUUGUUGAACAAGGCACUUAAAUUAAACUAGUUUGGGGAAAACCUUUUGUUUUUAUUAGUCUGAAACUAGAAAUUACCAACUAAAACUCUAAUUUUGUGUGCGAAAAGCCAACCUUGAAAGCACUGGUCUCCAAGCUUUGGUUACAGCACCAUCUUCAAAUCUCAAAAGUACUUGAUGUCUGUCCCCUUGUGGAUUGAAGCAUUUGUAACGAGUCAAAUGUACUACUGUUAAGUCAUUUUGCAGCUUGUCCAUGGUAAGUCAGAGAAUACAUAGUUUAACAUUGGCCCAGUCAUGAAUGAACAGGUACCUCAUUUUAAAUGUCAAAGGGCAUUUGCCUAUAAGUAAUUAUAGCAUAUGGGUAUGAUUGUUUGUUACACACUAUAUGUGCGUAGGUCUUCAUAUGCAGUGAGAUGUCAAGCACAGUGAUCAUAGAAUCUGAUAACUAUGUUGACUCGUUGUUACAAACCUGACUUUGUUGAAAGCUGAUGGGGAGAUGCAGUAUGAAGGUCCUUGUUGAAAUCCAUAUUUCACUCCGAGGAACAUAGCCACAAUAACUGUAGACAUACCUCUGGUUGUAUUCAUUUGAUGCUGCGUCUUUAAAAGACAGUAUGUUAUUGCUAAUUCCACUGUUUUAAGAAAUCUGUCUGCCUGUGUUCCGGAAUUGUUUUUGAGAACAAAGAAAUUGGUUUAUUUGAUCAUUUAGGCCAGCGGUGUCAGUCAUUCCACGGAGGGUUGAGUGUCUGGGUUUUUGUUUUUUUCCUUUCAAUUAAGACCUAGACACCCAGGUUAGGGGAGUUCCUUACUAAUUAGUUCAUCAAUCAAGUACAAGGGUGGAGCAAAAACCCUCAGACACUCCAUGGAAUGAGUUUGACAUGUGAUUUAGACAAAAUCGUUAUCAAAAGGAUUUAAAGUCACCCCUAUUUAAAAAGCUUGUCAUUUCAGCCCUGUACUGUAACCAAUAGAUAUGCACACCAUCCCCCGGACCACCCCUUCUUGAGAAGGACGUGGCAACCCUGUCGUCGCCAGACUGUAUGGGGGGCAGUCAACUUCUUCCAUAUCCCUCUCUUAUGCCCCAAGCGAGGUACCAACCAACACUCUUUACUUUCUAUGCAAACUGUUGACCAUGAGAAACACAUAGACCUCUCCACACUGAGUCAGUGACAGGAAACUUUACUAACGCUAUGUAGACGUUACCCCAGGUACUAAACUCCAAGCACCUAUAAAUAAGUAACACUAUAUUUAAAUACGAGGAUCAGAAUCCCAUUUUGUUUUUUGGAAAUUAAGAGAGCUGUAUUUGUCAUUGCUGUCAGCAUAUACUGUAGCUUCAAUUGACAGCAUUAUGUACAUAGGUCACCUUUUAGUAUUAUUUCACAUUGAAAGUGGAGGGCGUUCAUGAUGGAAAUGACAAUUGAGCUUUUAAUGGAGUUUCAUUCUAGUUUUCUAUGAAGGGAGGAAGGGAGUGCUAACAUGGUACAGUAGUGGCAGUCCACUUAUUUAUAUAUAUAUAUAAAGCUGCUAGAUACAAUCACUAAUUCUUUUAUUGAUUUGAGAGAAAAGUCAGCACCUAGUUCCUAUGACCGCAUAUAACCAUGUGUGUGCGUGCUCAUUUGGUUGGUUUAUCCAUGUUUUUAUUCUCCCAUGUUGUAAUUUGGAUUGCCCUGCAUAUUUCAAGCUGAACCCAAGAUGAGAUGAACCUGAUUUAAAAACUUGCUGGCUGAGGAGUAAAGGGUAGGACGUACAUUCAUACAAGUUUAGCUGAGAGAUACUGAAAUCAUCUGUUUCAUUCUGCAUUAACCAGCACAGUGUAACUCGCUAUCAUGUACUGUAUUAUAUAUGCAACAUGUUUGUCUGCUUUAAUAUAUUUAUGUUUAACUGUCAGUUAACUUUGCAUAAGACUUCAGUUCUUAACCACUUUGCUGCUAGUCUUUUAUUCUUCUUUCAGUCUUGGAAAGUGCAUAUUUUUGGAAUGCUUAAAAAUGGACAUUCUUGACUUUGUCUGCGUUAAAAAGAUAUGCCUAUAUAAACGUGUUCAGUGUAUUGCUUAAAAGGGUUUCUUUUCACAGCAGUGGAGUGGUUACUUUUCAAUUCUCCAAUGCUUUGGUGCACUGAUGAUGUAUGUAGGUUUUUUUUCUUACAGCGCUUGAUGAUGUAACAUUUCUGUGAUUAGUUCUAAAUUGUGGAAAACAUUUGUGUUUUGUAAAUUGCAGUAUAAAUGGUACUCUUAAUUCUUCCUUUCUCAUGCCUCUUUUCUAUCAGUUUCUUAGUGCCAUUGGCUUCACAUCCUGACAACCUUGAAAAAGUGCCUCACGUCCAUCAUAGUUUCCAUCUAAAACUUAACAGCUCUUGUUCUGGUUAUAUUGGUUUAUAUAUGUCUCGGUAUUUCUACCAUGGUUUGAAAAUUCUAAGUAUAUGAUGUAAAAUAUAUAGUUCAAUAACUCAUGUCAUAGUUGUAUUUUCUUUAUACAGAUGUAACUUGUUACUUUUCAUAAAUAUAUCAUGUAAAUAUGCAUACACUUGUAAUUUGUCAUAUCAAAUAACAUUAUCAUAAUAAAAUGGUGAGUUUUAA